AGACUUCCAGGAGUUCCAAGCAGUAGAUCAAUUGGGUAUAACACUUGUGAAGACAUUCUGCACGACACUUCAUUUCCACGUAAGCUUGAACACAUUACUGUCCUCACAUAGGUCAGGGCGGUUUGUACAUCUAGAGCAUCUUUCGAGCGCCAGUCGAGAUCUUGCCCGGCAACUGCAGAUCAUGUCAUCAUUCACGAAGUCCAAGUUGAAGGCAGCGAGAGAUGCUAUUGGCAAGAAAAAGUACGAACAAGCACGCGAAGCAGCCGCACAGGUUCUUGACUACGAGCCUGAUAACUAUACCGCCCAUGUGUUUCUUGGUCUUGCUCUCUUAGAACUCGGCCAGCACGAGAAAAGCGAGCAAGUUUAUCGAAAGGCCAUAAAGCUUAAGGAUGAUCAAGUACUUGCAUGGCAGGGUAUCGCAAAGCUUUACGAGCAAACUCACAGGUGGAACGAUUUGGCGGAUACUCUGGAACACAUAAUGCAGAUAUUCGCGAAAAAUGACGACGCCACGAAAUGUGCCGAGACCCUUCAAAAAUUCAUGGAUAUUCGCCGGCAACAUGGGACACGCGGUGAAGUCAUUCAAGCAUUGUUCCUUUACCUACCAGACUCUUCUUUGUACCCUGUUCUUUCAUCGCUUCCUCCACCCGAUGCUACAAACCCCACCUCGACCACAAUUUUUCCUACUCAAUCGGCAAUCUACAACUCACUCGCUGUCUACGAGGAGCUUAUAUCGCUAACAGAAAGAGAAGAAGAGAUGUUCAUCAAAUCUGAGUUUGACAAGCGACGCACCCGCCUUGGAGGUCCUAAGCCUGAGCAACUCAGGAGAGAUAUUGGCGUGGAGGUUUGGCACUCAUCAAAGCUUCCAACAUUAUACAAUGAUAUUCUUAAUCACCUAAAUACCUCUGACGAACUGCGACGCGCAACAGAAUCUAAACUCAUUCGAUAUAAACAACAAUUGUUCCUGGCACUCCCCUCUACUGACCCAGAGAAACGUCAACUUGGCCUGCAGCUGGAUGAGAUGGUUCACGGUAUCGUGACGAUUGGCAUUCCGGAUGAGUUUGCUUGGUGCAUGUGGUUUGAAGGAAGAGAUUCGGAUACAGUUGAGGGUCUUGGUCUUGCGUAUCUCAAGCAGUUCAUAGAACUCUUCCCAACAAGUACAUUAGCGCGGAUGUUGACAGGAUACCUUGCAUACAGCAAGGCUGCCCAUGAUGACGAAGGAUUAACAGAAGAACUGACCUUUGCGGUGGAUAGCGACCCCUAUGGCAUUAUUCUUGACGCCUUUUCAGCACUCCCGGACUCAUUGCUAGCGAACAUGAUCGCAGCUCGAGUCCAUUUACAAGAACUCGAAUACACAGAUGCCAUCAAAGUUGCUGAAAGCGGACUGGAAUUGAUACGCAGGUAUGAGUCAAACACAGCCCGUGAACUCCGAGAAGUGCGCAAGGCCUUUCACAUUAUCCUGGCCACAUCCUUCGUCCACCUAUUUCCUCCCAAGCACCACCCUCGCGCUCUUUAUUUCUUAAACGACGUCCUAAAGCAAGAUCCCACCAAUGUGGACGGAUUGAUAGGGAAGGGGUAUGUUUUUCAGUAUAGUGAAAAGUGGGAGGAGGCGGAGGUGCUAUUUGCGCAAGCGGCGAAGCAGCUCCCUGAUGAUGUGGACAAAGGCGUGGAAGCAAAAGAGGAGAGUGCGUGGUGCCUUAGUCGGAUGCAUGCGGAUGCUGGCGUAGAUGCUCUGAAAGAGGUCUUUGAGACCUUGAAGGAUAUCGAGGAUCGUGACAUUGAUAAAGCUCGAUGCCUAUGGCGGAUUGGGAGAUGCUACUGGGAUCUAGGAGGAGAGUCCCGUGAGGAAGCUUUCAAAUACUUCAUCACAUCGCUCAAACAUAAUCGCGAGUAUGCGCCGGCAUACACUUCGCUAGGUGUAUAUUACUCAGAAUACGCCUCACCGCCCGACCCUACGCGAGCUUCAAAAUGUUUCCAGAAAGCAUUUGAACUUGACGCCCGUGAAGCAGAGGCCGCAAGGCGCCUUGCGGAGGGCUUCGCUGACGAGCGUGAAUGGGAUCUGGUCGAGGUGGUGGCUCGGCGUACUAUAGACGGUGAAGGCGGGAUGGGCGCGGGUAUGGAAGGAGAUGGUGCAACUUCGGGAAAGUAUCUUCCGACAAACGCGUGGGCAUGGAAGGCUCUUGGUGUUGUGGAGCUGGUGAAGAGGAACUAUGCGGAAUCCAUUAAGGCUUUUCAGAUGGCACUCCGAGCGAACGUCGAUGACCAACUCUCAUGGCUGAGACUUGGUGAAGCCUACAGUAAAGCUGGUCGUCAUGUCGCUGCCCUUAGGGCGCUUGGUCGAGCUCACGAGCUUCAACCGGACGAUUGGAUGUGUACAUACUUCAUAGGGGAAGUCCAACGACAAACGGGAAGGCUUGCAGAGGCUCUUGCCUCUUUCCAGUCUAUACUGGACGUUCGUCCCACUGAAGCCGGUAUCCUCUUAUCUGUUGCGCAGACCUACCUCGACCUAGCCCGACAUGAGCGGCUUACCGGUUUCGUUGCUCGAGCUGAGCAGUCUUUUAUCUCCUGUAUCGAUGUUAUGUUGGUCGCCAUCCGGGAAAGCCCGGGAUAUCGUGGAGUCGCCUGGAAAAUCGCCGCUGAUGCCUUGUUUGAGUUGUCGGUAAUCACUGUCUUCGCGGAUGAAAAUAACGUCCGUGCAGCCGUGACUGUAGUCUCCGAACUCAUACAGGGCCAAAGUAGUGCUCGGCUGGCUGGCCUAUUCAAGUUCACAGCUCUCUCUCCAGACGACCCUGUCACUGGACUCAACGUACUCGAAGCUGCUGUCGCUGCCUACGAUUAUCGCAUCACAGUGGGCUCUCCUGACGAAGCCGCUCUCCCAAGUUCAUUGUACGACCUUGCUGUAGCUCUGCACGAGUGGAUUUUGAAACAACCCUCUGGUACCACACGACAAGCCUUGGAGGCAGCAAACUCGUUUUUGAUUCAAGCCCUGCAAAAGGAGCCUGGAAAUGUCAGGUUCUGGGUCGCAUUGGGUGAUCUCCACUUUUCCCAGAAGCCAAAGCUGUCGCAGCAUGCAUAUAUCAAGGCGAUCGAAGUUGACAACAAGAACGUGGUGGCGUGGACCAAGACUGGUCUCCUAUACUUAUAUCAUAACGAUAUCGACUUGGCCGCUCAAGCAUUUACAAAGGCACAAACGCUCGAUCCGGAUCAUACCCUGGCUUGGAUUGGCCAAGCAUUGAUUGCAGCAGCAAACGGCCACGAAAUAGAUGCUCGUAUAUUACUUGAGCAUGCAGUGAGCAUGACAGCAGACGUGCCUAUGGCAGACCUGCAAUUUGCCUUGCGCGUUCUUACUGCCGUAAAUGAUUCGAAUUCAGUCGGUGCACCCACUACAGAUCGCCUUUUACCUGCUUUCUUCGUGCUCGGACGAUAUUCCCAGCGCUGCCCGGCUGACGCCUGCGGCCUCCAUGUCUUCGGCCUGAUUUGCGAACACCUUGGAAAACUUGAACAGGGCGUAGAAUACAUAAAUCGUGCAAUUGCUCUCCUAGAAGCAGCAUACGAGGAGAAAGAGGAUCCCAUAGUGGAGCGGCAGUUUGUCAUCGCGCACACUAACAUCGCACGGCUUCGUCUCGGAUUGCAGGACUAUGAAGGAUCGUUGGCAUCUUUCGAGAGCGCUCUAGGUCUACUUCCCGAAGAUGCAGAGCGGGAGUCACAGAUUCUACGUGUGCAAGCUCAAUGCGGGUCUGGGCUAGCGUCUUUCAAGAUGGAUGAUUUCCAAGCCGCUAUGACGGCAUUCCAAACUGCUUUGGAAAGCGCCGCUGACGAUCGCGUUCUUCGAGGCCAGGUUACUGUUCUGCUGGCACAGACAAUGUGGGCAAUUAGGACACCUGAGUUCCGGGAGUCUGCGAAGGGCUUGUUACUUGAUUGCAUCACCUCCGAUCCAGAAAAUUUGAUGGCGAUCAACACUCUGGCUGGAAUGGGGAUACUGACUGAAGACGAUGGGCUGGUUGAUGCCGCACUUUCGGAAAUUCUGUCACUCCCCGUCGAACAGAGACAUGAGCUCGAUCCUCGAAGAGACGUGACGUAUCUCCUCGUGCAACAUUAUCUUGGGCUGGGUGACUACGACAGAGCAACUAAAAUUGCCCAAAAAGCCCUCCAUGUUGAGCCUUCGAACCUCCAGAUGAGGCGAGAAGUUGCAUCUUUGUUGCUCAAGCAGGGAGAGAGAGACGCUGCAUCGGCCAUCCUAGCAUCGGUGGCACAGAACCAAGACAUUGCAGAGGAAAAGACUACCCUCGCAUUAUCAGCUCUCGCACAACCCAUACAGUCUCAAAGAAGCGCACAAAAAGCCAUCAUGCUGGAACCCGGUCAACUGCGAAAUUGGCAGACUUUGGCUUAUGUUCGAGCACAAGAAGUGUUGUAAUAUCAGGUCGGAUAAUGUACACGUAUGUAGAAAGAGAUUCAAUACCCGGCGAUCAUCCAAUAAUGUGUCUGAUGUAAAGUUCCUGUUGAAUGACA